AUCAAGAAAGCAUUGGAGAGUAGAUAUGAUCCUCAACAAGGUUGCAAACUCUUGCGCCAAAUUUGAGUUGUCAUGUUUUCUCGCAUUAGUUACUCCCAAUAAUCAUUUUUCAGAAUGAACAAUGUUAACAGUGAGGACCCCACCCGUCAGGUUUAUUCAGAAUUAGGAAACUUUAUCCCGACUGGAUAUCAGGAAAAUUAUGAUUGUGAAUUAUCACAAAGCACUGUUGCUGCUGGCAGUUGUGGUGUUGGGAAUCAUUUGCCUAUUUUUCAAAAUAUGUUGAGUCAAGUCGAUGAAAAACCGAAAAUACUAUUGAUGGGUUUAAGAAGAAGUGGUAAAUCAUCGAUUCAACGGGUUGUUUUUCACAAAAUGGCACCAAACGAAACAUUGUUUUUGGAAAGUACCCACAAAAUUGAAAAGAAUGACGUAUCUGAAUGCUCCUUUAUCAAAUUUCAAAUAUGGGAUUUUCCUGGUCACAUUGAUUUUUGUGAUGAGACCUUUCAAUCUGAAGCUAUAUUUUUAGCUUCUUGUGCUAUAAUUUUCAUUAUCGAUGCUCAGGAUGAUUAUCAUGCGGCUUUAACCCGCCUACAUGCUACUUUAGAAUCAGCGUUCCGUUUUAAUAUGAAUAUUAAAUUUGAAGUAUUUAUUCAUAAAGUUGAUUGUUUAUCAGAUGAUCAAAAAAUGGAUAUACAACGAGAUAUUACUCAACAUGUAACAAGUGUCUUAGAGGAUUUAUUGUGCGAACAACCGUCGAAUGCUGGAAUUAGUAUAGGAUUUCAUUUAACUACAAUAUAUGAUCAUUCAAUUUUUGAAGCAUUCAGUAAAGUGGUACAAAAAUUAAUUCCUUACUUGGAAGCAUUUGAACAUUUAUUAAAUAUAUUUAUUACAAAUUCAAUGGUGGACAAAGCAUUUCUUUUUGAUGUCACCAGUAAAAUAUAUUUAGCAACAGAUUCAAAUGCAGUAGACAUGCAGACGUAUGAAUUAUGCUGCGAUAUGAUUGAUGUUGUCGUAGAUGUGGCAGCAAUCUACACAAAUCUUCAGUGAUUCUACAUCAUAAAUUUUAAAAAUUUUAUUGCUCCAGAAACAAUAAGAGUAUCGAAAUCAACAUGUCUACCGGGCAUCGAUUUAACAUAAACCCCUUCAUGACGUUGAAAUUACCGUCUAAAAUUAUGCUGAUAAUUUUCCAGCACAAUGCCUGGUCAUGCAACAUAAGUUAUCAUCUAAUUUUGCUGUACCGUUGUUCAGCUAGCUACAGGUGAUAUGACAGUACUUACUGUAUACCAUCAUAGAUAGGUAUAUAUGAUAGAUACCACUAUUUUGUAACUGAAGGUUAUAUAAUCUCUGGUUUCUUGUGGUAUAUUUGUAUUUUCCACUCAUCUGGCAGCACGUAUGCAAGUAACAUUUCAGGUUCAAUAAUGUCAGUCAGUCGUACGCAGCGUUGAACCUAGUACAUGUAAGUAUCAGUUCAAGUUGUACUACCCCUUUAGCACAACCAGAUAAAGUUUUCAAGGCGAAUCUCAGCUGACUAGAUGUGGGAAUUUUAGUAGUGGUGGUUGAAAAGACUAGACAUCGAAGAUACAGUUGGAGAAGAAAAUAUAAAUUAGUGGUUUGAAACGAAAUUAUGGGGAAACAAGAAAAUUAGGAUGAAAGAUAUGACAAACAAUAAAUGCUUCUGCGCGAUUGCGAAGAAUUUUCAGAUAUCUAGACUAUGUCUCCAACUGUUGAAUAUGAUAUUCAUGCAAAACCCAACCAGUUUGAUCAUACCUACAUGGCUCAAUCUAACAUUCAGUGUUCACCCAUCCCUAAUUUUCUUUAAAUUAAUCGUAAACCAACUCAACUGUUAAGGCUCUAUUUUGGACUGUUCUUCGAAUUCGAAAUGCAAUUUCUGACCCAAUCGUCAUACACCCUACUGGACAUACUGAAAAUCUUUCAUAUACUGUGAUAUCUCCAUAACAUAGGGUCGGUCCAGUAGAAGCAAUAUCACAUAGGAACCAUCACAGAAUAGAUUAUGAUGACAGAUCUUAGUAGCACGCUGUGGAUGAGUGAACGUGACUGUAAUGACGUUAAUCACUGAGGAAAUCCUAUCCUUAAGGAUGGCUUCGUUGAGUCCAUGGUUCGGUGUGCUCGCUGCAAGUAACAUGUUCAACUUGCAAAGCAUUUCGGUUAUGCCAACUUGAACCGAUCUACAUACGUACAUGUUUUACGUUGUGACUGACUGAGAAAACAAUGGUCUUCAGUAAAGUCUAGCACACACAAAAUCAUCAGAAGUGUGCAACAUGAAGUAAAAAGUAUUCUGGUUUGUCUGCACCUAGCAUUCUUAAAAUCUACUCGUACACCAAACAUCAUUGAGCAUCGAGUGAGGUGGUAGAUGGGCAUACAUCAAAACAUGUCCUAACCAUUUCAGACAAUAAAGAUUCGCUACCUCAUUUAUCGGUUUAGUAGAUGCUUCUGAAAUCCAUUUGUUUUCCUUGACAUUUUGAUUAUAGAUUGCCACAGGCCCUACCGCUGUCUCAACGACUGUCUGGAUAUCUUGCCAACCCACGUUCGGGUGGACGUUACUGGUGAUUGGUUAACUGGAAGGACGAUCGCAGACCUCAGUGGGGAACUUCUUAAGGAUAGAUGCGCACGUCUGAAGGACGUUUUCGAUAUCUCAGCCCGGUUUUUCAAAAGGCCUCACCACUGUAUAUAAACCCAUAGGGUAAAAUGAGGUGUCUGCUUUUUACGGUCGACCGUUUCUAACUUCUUCCUUCCGUUGUUAGGAGGCAACACCGCUGCAGUUUGAUAUGUGAUAUUAAGUUCAUACGAAAUUGUCUAAUCUGUUUUUGUAUGGUAAAGGAAAUCGUGAACUGAAUCUUCGCUUAUCUUCUUUAAAUUGUCAAGUGAUUGUUCUACCAAGUUAAGUACUUCGAACUUUUACUGCGUGGAUUUUGACCAACUUCCGGUAUAUCAUUUGCGUCAAUGUCGUCUUUCUGUCCUGCUCAUUUAGCUAAUAUGUUUGAUUUGAGAUAUUCUUUCAUUGGAUAUCCACUACUUCUGGACAGUUUGUCACAAAUGCGUAUGAGUUCCACAAGUACUCCAGUUUCAUACUUCUCAUGGAAAGUCAAAUGGAUGGUGUUAUUAGACUUCAGUCCUUUCUUGUCAACCCACUCAUUCCCUAUCACUAAUCCCGGUAUAUAUCUCAAGACAAAAAACAAGUGCGUUUUGUGUUAGGCAUAUGUAAUUCCCGAAGUUACUUCACCUCUGUUAACUUCAUUCUAAAAGAUACCUUCUCAUCUUUGUUUGCAGUCCCCAAUCUAAUUUUGUUGAUCCGCCUGUAUCUGAGCAAACUGGGGCAACAAUUAUCUUAAACAAUGACAGAGCAUUAUAUCUUCGUGGCGUCAAUCAGUAUAUGGCUCUAGCUUGUUUGAUGUAUGAAGAAUCUUUAGAGAAAAUGGGCUUAAUAGAAUUCAAUUUCUGUGUCAUUAAGAAUGCAUUACAACAAAUGCUUGAAUUAAAUCAACAACAUGCAAAGCGAGAACUAGCUGCUUUGCUGACUCACCAACCGUCUUCAGAUCCUAUACCAGAAGAUGAAGAGCCAGUAAACGAACUUGAUUCGAGUGGAAAGGAUGAAGAUGGACAGGAAGUUAGUGAUGGAGAACCACAAUAUAAAAAUAGAGAUGUAAGAAGAGAAUAGUAGAAUCUUGUAAUGUACAUAUAUAUUGGUCAUCAUUAUAGUUUACUUCCAUCAAAGGUGACUUUUUGCUACCUUGUACACAUAUGUAAAUGAUUUGCGUAUAUGUGACACAUGCAAAAUCCUACAUGAAUUUCUUGUCCGUUCAUUUUUAUUCGAAGCUGUUAUCAUUGUGUUCUGGAUGCAGUGUGCUUCCUAGUUUAUUUUUUUUUUUGCAAAACCUCCUGCUUAUAUUUUAUUGAUCAUCAGCUCAUCCCAACUUGACGAUUUGAUAUUUUACUUUUCUGCUUUAUAAGAAUAAAGAGACAUACAUAUAAGUUAAUCAUAAUUUGUAAUGAGUAUGAAAAUUGUUUUUAUCAGUGCAAUAGGUGUUGUCAGGGUCAGUUGAAGUUCAUGCAGUACAAACCAGUUUUGUGUUAUUUUCAGUAAUCUUUAGAAGUUAUUGUAUUAACGACGGAUAUUACCAAUACUGUAUAUAUAUCUGUGGUGAGAUAACUGCGGUCAUCGUAAUAGACUAUAACUGGUCGCAUAGUUAAACUUUUAGAUAUUCGGACCGUAUCGCUAUAGUUGGCAAAAUCAGUUGCCACCGUAAACAUCAAAUAUAUAUGGCUGCAAAAAAUAAAAUUGUAUUAUACUGCCGAGUCUAUUGCGAUCAGACAACUAUUAGUUCGACUCCGAAAAUUAAUGUCAGUUAAUAUUUACUUGGUGAACAGAUUUGUAGAGGCUACUGUCGUAUAUCAUUUUAGUUUUAUCCUAACUGGAGUUACAAACAGUUUAGCUAAUUAUGCAAAACAAGAUAUAUACAUCUUGAAGUAAGGCAUAUUUUCAACUUGCAUAUCUGUCAUGGUCCCUUCCGAUUUUUAAUGCACUAAGACUUCGACGGUAUAAUAUGAAAGUACACAUUUCGUUUCGUGUUUAUUUGUAAACCAAAUAGUUAUUGCUAAUGACAUGUUUGCGAAAUGACUUCGUAACUUU